CAGUCUUCUUCUUGUGUCGAAGAUGCAGGUUGUAAGUGGUGGACAAUCACUUUGGAUAUACUCUUUGCUCUUUUAUUCCCUACAACUUUGCGGAAGACUAUCAGCUUCCACUUCCACUCUCCCUCCCCCUCCUCCGGCACCUGAACUUAACAUCUAUUCGAGGUCAGGGGACUCAGUGGUUCUGGUGUGCCGAGCACCAGAGGGCCACCGUGGGGUUCUGUUCAGAUUGUACCGAUACAGAGACAUGGUGAACUCUCAGGAGCUGGAGUCUGGUGCUGGGGAGCUCCAGUUCACUGUGAGGGUGAACACAGAAGUCUCAGUCCAGCGUGAACUCUACUGCUGUCAGUACAAGAACCAGGAGGAUUGUUUCAGUGCUUUCAGUCCCUAUUUGGAGUUGGAGCACCAAACAGGUCCUGGCCCUACUCGCUCCACACACACUUUCCCUCCUCCGGUCUUGUCCGUUCAGCCCUCGACUGGUGUGGUAAAACAUGGGGACGUGCUCUCCUUCAGCUGCUCGGUCCCCACCCUUCCUCCCCGGCCUCAGUCCCAGUCUACCUCUAAAAACAAACCAGAGGCCUUCCUUUUGCUGAGGACGGCCGAGGGAUCGGGGACGACAUCCAUUAUCUCACAGACGAACCGUGAACCCCAGCCGGGAGUCUUCACUGUCGGGCCAGUGAGGGGAGGAGAGGAAGGCCAGUACACCUGCCUCUACCAGAUCACCAAAAGGAGAGGACUGGUUAAUUCAACUGUCAGCAACAUGAUUCAGAUCACUGUGACAGAUGUGGUGGUGUUGCCAGUCCCCACCCUUGUUCUCCAGCAGCAGACAGACGUGUGGCAUUUGCUCUGCACAGGGUCUCCUGCCUACCCCGGUGCUGUCUUCUCCCUCUACCGGGUCGAUAAUGAAUUUCCUGUUGCCACUCACCCUGCCAACGUGAUCCACCAUCAGGCCACCUUCCCAGUUCCAGUCCAGGACACUCCGAUGGCCUUGUACCGCUGCCAGUACAGUGUCCACCUGGGAAAGAAAUGGAGCAGCUCUGAGCUCAGCCUCGCUUUGGCUGUAACCAGAGGAAUUCCCCCUCCCUCGUCACAAGAUGUGUCUGGUGUUGACUGGCCUCUCGUUCUGGGCUCUUUCUCAGCUGUGGUGCUGUUCCUCUUUUCGGUGGCACUUGUGGCUGUGGUUGCACGCAGAAAAGUUAAAGCAGCAGCUGAGGAGAAGAAAAAAAGACAGGAUGCAAAGUUCUGGACCCAAGUCCACGCCAAGGACCACGUUGUUGACCUUACACUCAGGCGUGCAAGCUUCAACCCUCAGGAAUGGGCCAGCGGAGAUACAACUACAGAGACAGUCUCCAGAUCCCCCCUAUGGAACUCACUGUCCACUUUCACAACCCCGAUCCAUCCGAUCCAUUAGAAAUGUUUGUUUUCUCUCUCUCUCUCUCUCUCUGUUUAUAUCUUUUAUUCCAGUUUAUCAGUGUAGCAUCAGUUUGAGGUUACACAGCAGGACAGGAAGAGCUAUUUCCUCAGUUCCUAUUUCAUGUGUAGCAGUAAAAUUGCACAAUUUGACAGGACACAGUUUGUUUGUUUUUCCAUGUCUGCCAGUGAAUCUAAAUAUAUACUUUAUCAUUAUUAUUAUUAUUAUUAAGACCUUGGAGAAAAGCAGAUGACAAAACAGUCUCACCAGAAGGUCCUUUUUAGUAGAUUCUAUCACAGGAUCCUCAUCAGCUACCAAACGGGCUUUGAAGUGAGUUUUGUUUCGUCAGAUUAUUUUCCUAUCUAACUGUUUUUAACCGAUGUGAAAAGUGAUUUUGUUGCGCUAUUUACAGAUUUGCAGCACAUUCCAGCACCUUUGCGACGUAACGUAAAACCACUCUGCACACUCUUUAACUCUGUAUGGAGCUUUGAACAUUACAUCGAACAUUGUAGUGAUAAUAAUAAUGUGAAAAACAGAAGAAAAAUCCAAGGCAGUCUUUUGGUUAAAAAAACUUCAGACAGAUGUCUAAUUAAAACAUGAGGAUCGCCUUAGAUUUUUCUCUUUCUUUUUUUUAUUUCUAACUCCAGUGUUUCCUACCAAAGAGCACCAUCAUCACAUUUAGUUUUAACUUCCUCUCCAGACUUUUUCUUCCUGAAUAAUAACGUUUAUUUAUAUACAACUCAGUGUAUCAAACCAGUUUGCACAGUUUUUUUUUUACAAGGAAAAAAGAGAAACACACACACACAACAUUUACACACAUAAAACACACACGUUAUUCAUUUAACAUAUGUGCUACAUGGUGACCUACCAACACACAUAAACACACAUAUGCAAACACAUUACCCAAAUCAAAUGAGGGGAUUAAAAUAGUGAUUUAGUAAAUUCACAAGUGACCAUCUUCAAGUGGGAACAAAUACUUUAUGAGUAUUCACUUGAGUUAUGAGUAUUCAUUUUUCUGACAAUUUUUAACUUUUACACUGCUACAUAUUAACACGAACAUCUCUACUUUGUACUCCCUACAUUUUUAAAACAUGCUUGUGACUUUGGUUUUAAUGCAUUUGAGGGGAAUUAUUGAUUAUGUAAAUAUCUCAUAUCUGACCAUGCAGCCCUCUGCCUGGAUUUUCUUAUUUUCUCAACUUCUUGCUGCUCGGGACAUUUUACCAACCCAAUAUGUCAGUAUAUGACAUCCUAGAAAUGAGGCUCCUGAGCCUGUACUUUCUUACUUUUGCUUGGGUAAAGAAGUGGACUCAAUACAUCAACUUCUACCAGA